AAUUCAGCACAUUAUAUAAAAGAAAGGAGCUGCAGUGAUUUCAUAUAGACAUGGAAACUGAUAGAAGACACUUUUACAUAUUCAAAAUGUGAGAGGCAGAGUUUGAGGGAGGGGGUGUCUGUACAAUAUUUCACCGCAUUCAGUCUCCUGGCUGGAGCAGUAACGUAGCCCCGCAGCCCUUGUAUCAGACAGAGAGGAGCUGUGGUGUCUAAGCUUUGACAGUCUAGGAAUUGGGCUGCUUAUGCCUUUAAGUCCCCAGCCCCAGGAACCUGCCCUCUGCUCUGGGGCUGACAUGCAGCAUCCUGUGAGCAGAACGAAAACAGCCUCUGCAUCCCCCACACCCCUAGAUUAGCGAGCACAGCACGUGGCUCAUCCCGCGGGGUCACUGUUCCCCCCUCCCCCUCCCUAAACGGGGGUUUUGUCCCGCCAAGGGGUCUGACAGCGUCUCCCCCGGGGCUUAACCUCGGCUACCACCCCCCACCCCCGAUUUUUCCCCUUCAGCCCCUCUCCUGCCGCUACCUACAGUAGCUUGAUACCCCCCUGGCCAGUAAAUUUCUGUCCCCUGCUCAGACCCUGACAGCCCCCCUGCUGCGAUUUGCCCCCUUUGGUCCUUUUAAACCCCUCCAACGUGCAGGCAGCAAAUCGUAAGUAGAAUUAAAGGCAGAGAGAGGCCAGUGGCAACAGCGAAGAUUACUGGGCAUGCUCAGUUCGGGUGAGCAUGCUCAGUGCACCCGAACUAGGGAGCGGGGCAGCGUGACCGCUAGGGGCUCCCGUGAGCGGCGGUUACCUCAGAGCCGGGGAGAUGGCCGGGGCGAGCGGCCGGGGGGACCCGCUGGCGUUGGAGGAGCCUCCCCUGCCCAGGCCCUCCCAGCCGGAGAGCCGCUUGGGUGACCAGGAUGGGCUCGCGCAGAUCCACUUUAAAAUUUUGAGAGGGCACUGUGAUACUGUGAGCUCCUGCCAUUUCUGCUUUGAAGAUACAAAAAUUCUUUCUUGCUCUUAUGACAGAACAAUGAAACUCUGGGAUGUUGAAAAAGGUGUUCCUGUUCAAGUCUUUGAAGAAAAACACACAGCUCCCAUUUCUGAGUGCAGCUUGACUCCUGAUAACAAAAGAGUGAUAACAUCAUCAUAUGAUAAAACAGUAAAGGCUUGGGAUAUGGAAACAGGAAAAAUGCUUUGGACUGUAGACCAAGAAGGCCUUGUAACUUCAUGUAAUAUUUCAUGUGAUGGUAAAUAUGUGGUAUCUGGCUUGGACGUGGAAAAUGCUAUAUGUGUUACUGAUGCAGUAAAUGCCACAAUGGUGGCAUAUGUCCAAGGUCACCACAGAAGCACAAUCACAAGAUGUUGUUUUGACCCUGAUAAUGAGAGAGUCUCUUCAGUAUCAUCUGAUAAGACCAUAAAGCUUUGGGACAUUAUAGCACAAUCCACCACUAUUACAAUUGAUGAGGCACACACCAAUGUCAUCUCAGACUGCUGCUUUUCCAUAGAUGGUCAUUACUUGUGCACUGCAUCUUGGGACAAAACCUUAAAAAUAUGGGAUAUAAAAACAGGGGAGUUUCGUUAUCAUGGACCUAUUUGCUUGAACCAAGGUCAUGAAGGUUCUGUUAGUUCCUGUGUUUUUAGCAAAGAUGCAUCUCUUGUAGUGUCUGGAGCAUAUGACAAAACUAUAGCUCUGUGGGAUGCAGGAGCAGGAUAUAAAAAGCUAGCGUUAAAGGGCCAUGGAGACUGGGUGAUGGAUGUUGCAAUUAGCAACAACAAGAAAUGGAUCCUUUCUUCCUCAAAGGAUGCUACUUUGAGAUUAUGGAACAUUGAAAAGGCUGAUCAUGUUCCUGCGGCAAUAGAAAGCAGAAAUACAAGAGGCUCAAAAAUAGCUCAAUGUGAAGAAUGUGAAAAACCUUUCUCACUCCUACAGUGUGAUGACUCUGAAGUGGUCACCAAGUGUGUAUUCUGUCGACUGGCUUCUCCUUCGAGAAAUAUUUUGCCAUUACCACCUAUUGUAGCACCUGAUCUCUAAAUUCUUCCCAACAGACUAUUUGUGCAAAUACAUUUGAGUUUUUAAGCAUAUGCCUAUACAUAAUUGUGAUUAUCAGUAUAUUAUAUUGCAUGUACAUACAGAGGCAAGGACUUCCUCCAUACUUCUGUGCCAUACAGUGACAUCUAUGUUAAAAAAAAAAAAUCUGCUGAUUCAUUGUACACCUGUGCAAUAUACAUACUGAGUUUCACAGUGUAACAGAUGACCGGAUCAAGUCCUAAGAUUUUAAAUCUAUUCAUAUUGUACAAGAAAAUAAAAUUACAUCCAUCCCGUUUAAGUACGCACACUUAAUAAAGGUUGUUGUAACAAAGAAAAUAUGUGACUAUGUAACUUGCUGACAGUUGUCCUUAAAUUGUGUAAAAUAAAGCCACCUUCUUCUACUCUGGAGUGGAGUAUACUGGAAAUAUGAAAAACAUUUGCAUCAAUUGAAAAUGCUAAAGGGUUUUGAAAUUUGAAUGUGGAGAGGGCAUUUGGACCAUGAAGUUUGUAUUAUCUUGCUUCUAACAUCCCCCUACAAAAUGUUUCUCGGAACUUUCAAUCACAGAUAUACAUUAUUAUUUGUGUUUGACAUGAUAUAUGGCAAACUAGUCCUGUAUAUUCAGGACCCAAUCCUGCAAGGUGCUGUGCACUCUCAAUUCCAGCACCACUCAAGAUUGGUCCCUAAAAGUCUAUACCUCUUCACUAGCUAUGUGAGGAUGUCAAUUAAUGUGAGAUUAGUGUUUCAAGAUGUGGGGGCCUCAUUCAUCAAAAACAUGUUUCAGCAGAUUAUAUUAUUUUAAAAGGGAUUUAUAAGGAGAAAAAUAUAUUGUACCAGUCUGGUAUGUAGUUAAGCUAUAAAAUAAAUCAAAAUCUAUUAUGGGUCUUUCUUUUUUAAGCCAUGUGAAUUGUGUAGCCUUGGUAGCUACAGUUGCACUUGACUCCAAGGUGAAAAGAAAAUGAUUUUUUAAGAUAUAGUAUGUUUUACUGCUUUGAAUAAAACAUGAGGUCAAGUUGUAACAUAUCCUAAGACACUGUUCUCUUUAUUAAAUGUUGUUGGUUUACAGUAAAAAGUUGAAAAAAAUGCAGUUUGUAUGGUGCUGGAAUUAUUUUUGCAGAAUACAUAAGAUGUGCCUGUCUUACUGUUGGAGUAAUUACCCUUAAAUAUGAAUAAGAAUAAUGAACUAAU